AUGGUUCUUAUUUCUACUCAAUCACGUUUUAUUGAAAUGAGAGUCUCUAGACAAUUAGCCAAACAAUUGACUAACGUUAGAAAACUUUAUGGCAGCUCAGCUGCUAAGUCUGCUUAUGGUUCUUUUGAUAAAAAAGCCCAUGAUUCGUCAGCCUCUGAUUUUGAUGAAUCAAAACAUUUUUUAACUUAUUUUAAAACAGGUGGUGCUAAAGUCUACAGUCAAGCUGAGUUGAUUAAAGCAGUUAAUGAAAUAACUGGUACUGUUAUUAAACCUUUUAAUUCUGCUGCUGAAGCUCAAGAACAUCUGGCUUCAAAUCCUCCUCAAGUUAAAUCUGAGAUCUUGCAAAGAGUUUUGGAUUUAAACCAGGAAGAUGUUAUUCGUCAACAACGUGAAAGUGGUGUUGUCAAAUUAUAUACCAAUGCUUUUAAUAAGAGAGUCAGUCAAUAUUCUUUUACUGGUUAUUCAGUUUUUGCUGAAGAUAAUUCAAUUGUUAUCUCUGAGUCAAUUGAAAAAAAGACUAAAAAAAGUUUAGAGAAAGCUCACUUGGAAGCUGUUUAUCAUGCUUCUUUGGCCAUUUAUGAUCAAAUCAUGGAUUUGAAAACUGGUGAGCCACCAACUGCUGUUGGUAAAUAUGAGAUUUGGACUUCAGCUCCUCAAAUUCAUUUGUAUCUUUCAAGAGUCGAAAAGAAUGAAGAAAAAUGGAUGAAGUCCCUUGAACCUGAGGAUCUUGAAAGUUUGAAAAGACUUUUGUUCAUUAGAGAUUUCUAUAAAGCAAAUGCUGAUUUAUUUGAAGGUUUUGAAUUCAAAAUUGUUUCAAUUGGUGAUAUGGAUCUUCGUUCUGAUAAAAUGUUUAUUGAAUCCAAGAGAUUAGCUGUUGACGGAGCUGCUGAUGGUGCUCCAGGAAACUUAAGACACAAAGUUUUUGAUUGA